AUGAGGAAGAUGAAGGGAAAAGUGGUGUUAAACAUGAGGGCGGAGAGAGCAUGGGAAAUAUAUAGGGACAAUGAGAUCAUGAGCAAAAUAAAUCCACAAAUGCUCGCCCGUGCCGAAUACACCCAUGGUGAUGGCAGCCCUGGCAGUCUCCGGAAGUUCAAGCUUGGCCCCGCUGUGUGCACUUAUGUGAAAGAAUCAACGGAGAAGAUAGAGAUGGUGGAGAGGGGGCGGUCGGUGACGUAUAGCGUGGUGGGAGGAGAGCUGCGCAGCAUGUAUGAUCCAUACAGGGUGACCUUCUCUUUCACUCCCCUUCAGCAACUUAUGGAAGGAGAAGAAGCACAGCAGUGUAUUGCGGAGUGGACGGCUGAGUAUGAGCCCCUCACUCCCACUGUGCCUCCGCCUGAGAAAGCCAAGGAUAUUGCUCUUGGAUUCCUCAAAUCUUUUGACGACUUCCACUGA